AUGGUGGGCAUCUUGCGGACGCCGGAUUCGCGGGGUGGAGGUCCUUCGCCCUACCAAGAGGCCCCGGCCUCGGCUCGGACAUACGACUGGAGGCGGAUAGAUCACACGGCGUACGAGAGCGUCCUCCAGCAGCACGGCAUCGAGCCAGAGGAGGACACCGACUACUACCGCUUCCUGCUCAAGCUCUCCCUCGACCCGGAUCCGAACUGGUGGGUCAAGUACGAGAGGGAGAAGCAGCGGAUGCGGCAGACGGCGGGACCCGCGGAGACGUCCCACAUCUCUCCCGUGCGACCCCGCCCGACGCCAACGCCCGCGUGGAGGCCCGGUAGCGCGCGUCCCGCGACCGCGCGCGCGGCGCCGGGCUCAGGUUUUGGGGUUAACUCUGGGGUUAACUCGGCGGGGGGGCGUCGGUCCGCGCCGCCCUCCACGUUUGCUGGCGAUUUCGCCGAGACCAGGCGACGGGUCAUGGAGGAGUACCAGGCGGAGUACGCCGACGUCGCACCAAACCGGGCGUCGUACGUACCGCCGUCGUCGGCGCGGCCUCAGUACGGCGGUUCGAGCUUUGGGUACUCGACGCCGUCGUAUCCCGGCUCGUCUCGCCAUCCGGGGUCGUACUACGGGCAGUCGCCUCAGUACGGCGGCUCGCAGGCGGGUUUGGUGUACGAGGAUCCGGCGGAGAGCGGGUACGCGGAUUUCAAGCUGAUGGCCGCCGCGUUCCGGGUGUGGGUGCGGCACGCGUCCGCGCUCAGGUCGCUGCGAGUCGCGAGGGAGGCGGCGGUGGAGAACUGGAUGAUAGCCGUGUCGUUCUGGGAGGCGCAGACGCUUCGCCGGUGCCUGGCGAGGUGGAGGGGUCGCAAGAACGUCAUGCAGCUUCACGCGCUGAGGUUCUGGUACGGCGAGACCCUGCGCGGCAGGUUCCUGUACUGGCGCGAGCUCACGACGCGGCUCAAGAUUGGCAUGCACACCGCGGGCGAGACUCACAGGGCGCAGUUGACGAAGAAGUACUUUUACGCCUGGAGGGUCACCGCCUCGAUGUCCAAGGAGGAGCAGCUCAAGUUUGCCCGCGCCAUGACCGUGUGGGGGGGUAACACCAAGUCGUACUACUUCGCCAAGUGGAAGUCCAUCCUGGCGUCGCUGAAGGGACUCGGCGCUGACGCCGAGCAAAUGCGGCGCGACCGCAUCAGGUCGAUGGCUUACGUCAAGUGGCGCGCGGCGUAUCACGAGAGGAUUCACCGCAGGGAGUUGCUCGCGCGCGCCGCCGCCAAGUUCCGCAAUCGCGCGCUCGCGGGCUCCUUCGAGGGCUGGCGCUCGAACGUCGAGGAGAUCCUGGAUACCAGGGAGAAGCUGCGCGGCAUCACGGCUAAAUUUGCCAACCAAAAGCUCGCCGCCGCGUUCAACAAGUGGACCGCCGAGGUUGAGCAGGCGGCUUCCGACCGCGAGAAGAUUCGCAAGGUGAUGGCGAUGAUGGUCAACGGCGCCGCGGUUCGGUGCAUGCGCGCGUGGAACGAGUACGCCAAGGAGCAGGGGCGACUCGCAGAGGUUUGCAUGCAAGUUGCGCACCGACUCAUGUCCAUGGCUGCGUACGGAGCUCUCAUGCGAUGGAAGGAGUUCGCCGCGGAGUCGAUCCACAUGAAGGAACUCCUCAACAAGGUGGCCGCGAGGUUCGCCAACCGCACAAAAUCCGCGGCUUUCAACGCGUGGACCCACUUCACCAUCGUCCGCCUGCGCGAGAAGGAGUGCUUCGACAGGAUCUCCGACCUUCCGAGGCGCCGCAACAUGCGGAUGGGAUGGCAGCAGUGGCGAGGCGCGUACCACGACAGGCAGCAGCUCAGGCACGCCGUACAGGCCAUGCUCAGGUCCGGUCUCGUCAGAGCGCUGCGCACGUGGAGGGAGAACGUCGACGAGAUCCUGAACCAGCGCGACAUGCUCAUGAGAGUCGCGGCUAAGAUGCAGAACCGCGCCAUGGCCGGAGCGUUUUCCACCUGGGCGGAUGCGGUGCAAGAGACCAAACACCAGAUGGAGGUCGCCGCUAAGGCUUUCGGCCGGCUUCUUCACCGCGAGCUCGCCUCCGCCUUCGCGCGGUGGCAGGAGUUUAUGGUCUUUGCCGCGGAGGCCAAGGCUCAGAUCCAACACGCACUCAUGUUCUUCGCCAAGAAGUCUAUGCUCGUCGGCUGGCAGCGCUGGAGGGAGAUGAUUGACGAGGUGCACGAGUACCGCGAGAUGCUCCAGAAGGCGGCGAACUACUUCAUUAAUCGCGAGCGCGCCGCGGCGUUCUACACCUGGCGCGAUAACACCCAGGAGCUCAUCGAACAGCGGUUCAAGGUUGCCGGGUUUGUCAAGAGGCUCAUGAACAAGGAGCUCAGCGCCGCGUGGGAGCGGUGGCAGAACUUCAUGCAGGACCAGGAGGAAAUGCGACAGAUCGUCGAGCGCGCGAUGGCGUGGUGGAUGAACAAGGAAAAGCGCGCUGCGUGGGCCAGGUGGUGGGAGCGCGUGGAGGAGGCGCGGGUCAUGCAUCACGCGGUGCAGUUCUUCCUCAACCGCGAGGUGUUCAAGGCUUUCCAGCGUUGGCAGGAGUACGUGAUCAACAAGCAGGAGCACGAGGAGAUGGUGGCCAAGGCGGUGUCCGCGUUUGUCAACCGCGCGCUGCGGAUGGCCUGGAACCGCUGGCUCGAGUUUUGCGAGCAGCAGCAGGCGAUUCGCCACGCGGUGUCCUAUUUCGUCAACGGCGCUCUCAUCCGCGCGCUGCAGACGUGGCAGAUGCGAAUCGUGGAGCUCAACGAGGAGCGUCAGAUGAUCUGGAAGGCGGUUCGCUACUUCCAAAACUCCGCGCUUCGAGCCGCGUUCCUCGGCUGGAACGAGAACGUGUUGGAGAUGCUCGAGACAAAGGCAAAGCUCACCAAGGCGAUUCUGCGGUUCAAGAACAAGGCAUUGGCCGCGUCCUUCUCGCACUGGUCCACGCUGGUGUCCGAGCACAAACACAACAUGGCGGUGCUGCAAAACGCCGUCAUCCGCCUUAUGAACCGACAGAAACGCGCGGCGCUGAUGCGGUGGUACGACCAGGUGCAGGAGGUCAAGCGAAUCCAGGACCUGUGCGACAAGAUCCUCCGCAAGAUCAUCCUGCGCGAGGCUGCCGUCGCGCUCGAGCGAUGGAAAGAUUACACCCAAGAGUCGCUCGAGAUGAAGGAGAAGAUGGCGCAAGCGCUCGGCCGGCUUCGUAACAGGGCGAUCGCUGGUGCCUUUGACCGCUGGCUGACCAUGGUGGAGGAGGCCAAGGACAUGCGCGAGAAGCUCGAGAAGGCUGUCGUCCGGUUCGCCAAGAAGAACAUGGUGUCCGCGUUUGAGCGCUGGUGCGCCAUGGUGGAGGAGGCGCAGCACCAUCGCGAGCUCAUCUCCAAGAUGCUGAAAAAGAUGUCGCAGCGGGAGGUGCUCGGUGCCUUCACCAAGUGGAAGGAGGCUACCGACGAGGCCCACAACGCCCGCGCCGCCGCCGCCAGAGCCAUCGGAUUCUUCUUCACCUCCGCCACGCGCGGCGCCUUCAUCGCCUUCCAACGCAACGUCGUGUACGAGAAGACCAUGCGCAAAGCCGCGCAGUUCUUCAUCGGCGGAUCCAAGGCGAAGUUCCUCAAACUCUGGAAGGAAAACGUGGACGAGAUUGUGUACGUUCGGAGACUCAUGGCCAAGGCUGCCAUGGCGUUUGCGGGCAAGGCGAAGGAUGCGGCGUGGCAUGGGUGGAAGGCUGUCGUGGUCCGACGUAGGCGAAACCGCGACUUCAUCGCCAAGGCGCUGGUAUUCUACGCCUACACCAUCGAGGGUAAGACGUGGCGCAAGUGGGUGGAGGUGACCCAGGAGUCCAAGGAAUUGAACCGCAAGCUCGCGAACGCCGUCGCGAAGAUGCAGAACAGGGCGCUCUCGGGUUCAUUUUCCCGGUGGUUGGAAUACGUGGAAGAGGUUGUGGACAUGCGCGAUAAGCUUCAGCGCGCGGUUGCGAGGUUUUCCAAGCGCGCCGCCGCGGGUUCCUUUGCCCGGUGGGUGGAAUACGUGGAAGAGGUUGUGGACAUGCGCGAUAAGCUUCAGCGCGCGGUUGCGAGGUUUUCCAAGCGCGCCGCCGCCGCCGCAUUUUCGACGUGGGUCCAAGUGAAGGACGUCGAGACAGAGCGCCGCCGCAUUCUCAUCGAGCACGUCGCGAAGAAGAUGAAUCGCACCGUCGGUUUUAUCUUCGAGCAGUGGCGUAAGUGGGUGGACUUCGAGCUCCGCAUGAAGGACAUCCUAGAGGGCGCCAUGCGGCUGAUGAUGAACCGGACCAUUGCCGCCGCGUGGGCUCGUUGGCUUGAGAAGGUGGAGGAGGCGAGGAUGAUCAAGCGGGCCAUGCGCAAGUUCAUCUACGGCGCGCAGGCGCAGGCGUUCACCACCUGGGUCGAGUUCACCAAUGAGAUGCAGCUCAUGCGCAAGAUUGCGCAAGCCAUUGGCUACGCCAAUGAGGGCCUGCUGCAGCGGUGCAUGGACAAGUGGUGCGUGUUUGUUGACGCCGUCAAGGAUGAGCGCAAGGCGUACAAGGCUGCCGUGCUCAAGUUUUUCGGCAGGAGUGGACUUAUCACCUGGGACUGCGCAAGGAGGACAAGAGGCGCGAAGAAAAGCUCGCCAUCGUGUUGA